AUGAGGAGCAGAAUCUUAGCUGGAUGCAGCACGUAUUGGUCCACUCUACUCAUCAUCUCUUUAUCUGAUUAGUCUCUAAUCAUAUCACUCCCUGUUUCUACCUUUUCACACUCUCAAUUACUGCUCUCUACUCCAAACAAAUCCAUGCACAGAUGCUGCUGACUGAUGCACAUUUCUUCUCUUUUCUCUCUCCUCACAGUGUAUUCUUGUUAGCUUAGCUUAGGCUACCGACAUUUACUCCUCCCUAUCUAACACCAUGCUUCCUUCUUUCUUCUUGAUUUUCCUCCUAUUCUCAGUCACAGUCUCCGGCAACAACCGCCGUGUUCUUCACCAACCCUUUUACCCACAAGAUUCACAUCCACCUUCUACUUCACCUCCUUCUACUCCUCCUAAUACCAACAACAACAACAAUAAUACUCCCUUUUUCCCUUCUUUUCCUUCUCCUCCACCCCCACCUUCCCCUUCUGCUUUUGCUUCUUUUCCUGCUAAUAUCUCUUCUCUCAUCCUUCCUCAUUCCUCCAAAUCCAAACCCCUUAACUCCAAACUCAUCGCCACUGCCGUUACCUGCGUUGUUGCUGCUCUCAUUCUUCUCUCUAUUGCUGUCUUCUUGCAUAUCCGCAAGCGAAGAAAUAAUAAUCAAGCUUCAGCUAAUUCUAGUGAUACCAAAACACACAGAUCUAAUAGCAGCACCCGGUUCAAUUACUCCAACAGUAACAGUAAUGGAAACCCAAGUAGUAAUAUUCCUAAACUACAAAGACCAUCUCAAACAAGUUCGGAAUUUCUAUACUUGGGUACGAUGGUCAGUGCACAUAGUACUGGGAUUGAUACUCGUCGUAGCGGCAAUGUUAGCAGCGCUGCAACUUCAAGAAAAAUGGAUUCACCUGAGAUCCAUCCAUUGCCACCACUAAAUGGAGUUAAUUUAAGGCAAAAUAAUGGAAACUUACCAGAUGUUAUAUCUCGUAGAACUGAAGAUACUGAUGAGUUUUACUCUCCAAGAGAAUCAUUAGAUGGUAGAGAAAGUUCGAUCGAAACUGGAUCGGCUUUUGCUGCUGUUGAAGGGAAGAAUUUUAGCUCAUCUUCUUCAUAUUCAUCUUCCAGUUCUGCUUCAGGCUCACCAGUUAAUUCUGUAUCGCUGAGCAUUUCUCCACCUGUGAGUUUGAGUCCAAAAAAGUCACUUGCUGCUGUUCAUACUGCUGCUCAACAACCUCAGUAUCAUCAUCAUCCUACAUCUCCACCACUAGCAGAUUUUGUGCCGAUAUUAGUCAUCGAUGGUGAAUCUGCUUCACCAUCUCCACCUAGUUCAUCGUCUCCUGAGAGAUAUUCAAACAGAAGCAUUGACUCAUCACCCCGAAAUUCCAAUAAUUGGGACCAGAAUCUUGAAUCUCCGAUGAGAAUACAGCAGAAUCUUGAAUCUCCGAUGAGAAUACAGCAGAAUCUUGAAUCUCCGAUGAGAAUUCAGCAGAAUGCGCCGCCGCCACCACCACCGCCGCCGCCGCCAAUGCCACCUGUUUUGAUUAGUAUUCCAGCUAGUGUACCGCCACCGCCACCUCCGCCAAGUAAAAAUUGGGAUAGUCCAAAGACUCCAACAUCAACAAUUUCAAAGCAAGCAUCUAAGCCUCCAGUACUUGUAACUCCUUUAAGACCAAUAGAACUUGAGAGUCCAGUCUUGAUUUCCCCAAUGGAGUUGCCUUCGAGUAAUUCACAAACCAAUGAUAAGAAUGAGCAGAGUAUAGAAGGGUUAUCAAGUGAGGAAACUCCAAAACCAAAGUUGAAGACUUUGCAUUGGGAUAAAGUAAGAGCAAGUUCAGAUCGAGAAAUGGUGUGGGAUCAACUGAAAUCAAGUUCAUUUAAAUUGGAUGAAGAGAUGAUAGAAACCUUGUUUAUUGUGAAGACUUCAACUCCAAAUCCAAAAGAAAUGACUAGACGCACUGUUCUUCCCUCGCAGAGCCAAGAGAAUAGGGUACUUGAUCCAAAGAAGUCACAGAACAUUGCUAUUUUGCUAAGGGCACUAAAUGUAACUGUUGAGGAAGUAUGCGAAGCCCUUCUAGAAGGUAGCGCUGAUGCACUAGGGACUGAGCUCCUUGAGAGUUUAUUGAAGAUGGCUCCAUCCAAAGAAGAAGAACGCAAGCUGAAAGAAUAUACAGAUGAUUCUCCAUUUAAGCUUGGGCCAGCAGAGAAGUUUCUCAAAGCAGUGCUUGAUAUACCUUUUGCAUUCAAAAGGGUAGAUGCUAUGCUGUACAUAUCAAAUUUUGAUUCUGAGGUUGACUACCUAAAAAAGUCAUUCGAAACUCUGGAGGCUGCUUGUGAAGAACUGAGAAGUAAUAGAAUGUUCUUAAAACUUCUGGAAGCAGUGCUGAAGACUGGUAACCGCAUGAAUGUUGGGACAAAUAGGGGUGAUGCACAUGCGUUCAAACUAGAUACCCUCCUAAAGCUUGUAGAUGUGAAGGGAGCUGAUGGGAAAACAACCCUCUUGCAUUUUGUGGUACAGGAGAUCAUUAGAAGUGAAGGUGCUCGUCUUUCUGGUGGAGAUCAAGAUCAACAACAGGAUGAUGCCAAGUGCCAGAAGCUUGGCCUCCAAGUUGUUUCCAACCUUAGUUCAGAGCUUAUAAAUGUUAAGAAAGCUGCUGCCAUGGAUUCAGAAGUACUUCGUAGUGAGGUCUUAAAGCUUUCUAAAGGGAUUGGAAACAUUGCUGAAGUUGUCCGAUCAAUUGAAGCAGUUGGAUUGAAGGACCACAACAUAGAAAGAUUUUCCGAAUCCAUGAGAAGGUUUAUGAAAAAGUCAGAGGAGGAGAUCAUAAGGCUCCAAGCUCUAGAAAGUGUGGCCAUGUCCUUGGUGAAAGAAAUAACUGAAUAUUUCCAUGGAAAUUCGGCCAGAGAAGAGGCUCACCCUUUUAGGAUCUUUAUGGUGGUAAGAGACUUCCUAAUGGUUCUUGAUCGCGUUUGCAAAGAAGUUGGAACGAUAAAUGAACGUACAAUAGUUAGUUCUGCCCACAAGUUUCCAGUUCCAGUAAAUCCAAAUCUACAGCCUGCUGUUAGCGGGUUGACUGCAAGAUGGCAGCAUAGUUCAUCGGACGACGACAGUUCAGCAAGUUCAUCGGACGACGACAGUUCAUCUGCUAAGUAGCAGCAUUAGCUUAUAGCUGCAGGCAGAAACCUAGUUUUUGUUUUUGGCCAAAACCAAUGUAAUCUACUAUAAAGGCCAUCUAGGAGUUUGUCUGAGACCGUGCCUGCCUUUUGAGGUACAUGUCAUCUUUUUUCUUUUUUUAAUUUUGUAUUUAUAUAGUUCAUUGUAAAAGAACUGGAAAUUUAUCCAUAUGCAUAGAUAUAGAUAUAUAUAUAUAUAUAUAGAU